AUGCUUCAGGACAAAGGGAAAGCACACAAUGCAAACAGCAGCUUUGAGCAUGGCAUCUACCAGGAAUCUGGGAGUGACAGAGGACUCAUUGAGCCCAAGAAACUGCCAAACCCAGUAAAGGAAUCCAAGCACCACCGGGAGAUGCACCGGGAGUUGCUUUUCACCCAUAGGAAGGGGCUGUUUCCAGAACACAAGCCUGAACUUCAGAGGGUACUAGAAACCAGGAGACUCAAGCAGCUGAAGCAACAGGAAGAAACACACACACCCCUAAGAGACCUGGAAGAGGAGCUGAGAAAAAGACAGCAGAAACUUGAGCAGUAUGAGCGAGAGCUGGUCCUGAAUGGGGAGCAAGAUGGCAGGCCGGAGUUCAUCCUUGUCAAAGAAAGCCUCAAAAAGACUAAGCUAUGUCCAGAAACAGGCAUAAGGUAGAUGUGAGAGCUGAGCUUCAAGCGCAGCUUCUGUCAGAAUGGAGCCCUGGCAGAAGUUCAUAUGGAGGAAACCUGAAUGAGAGGAGAGCAAUGGAGAAUGCUGGUGCCCCUGUGCUGAUCUGGCAGAGCUGCUGCUCAGGCUAACUACACGGACAUGGCAGGAUGAGGACUAAUUCAGGUGCAAAGGUCAUUGAUUCAACGAACAGAUCCAUGCAGGCUGUCAUUCGGCCACAAUAAUUAAAAGUUAAGGAUAUUGGGGUG